AUGAAAAACAUUAAGAACUCAAUAAUUUAUAUAAAUUCAUCAGGACCUGCUUUUUUACAAGAUAUUGAAAAUUCAAUUAUUUUCGUGACUUCUCAUCAAUUAAGAAUUCAUAAUACUACAGAUUCAAUAAUUUUAACUAUGGAAUUAUUGAAUGGUAUAAUUGAAAAUAGUUCAGGCCUAAUAUUCAAACCUUUGGAAGGAGAUAUUGAGAUUAAUGAUUUUGAUCAUCCUGGAUUAGGUGAUAAGAGUCCAAGUUUUAAGAAAUUAAGUUUUACAGAAGAUGAUUUAGAAUUAAAGAAAGGAUUGGAAGAUUAUGAUGUUGAGAAUCUAGAAAAAGCUUUACAAGAUUUGGAGAUGGUUAUUAAUAAGGCUAAAGAAUGA